AUGCAGGAAAAUAUUUUCAUUUUACCGUUCAGUAUUUGUGCGGAACUGCGAAUCCGGUUUUUGUGGAAUAAUUCAACCAAGGGCUAUGAUGUAGCAGCGGUGGAGAGUAAGCCCAAUCACGGCUUCAUCCCACCCCGGCAGCAGAUGAGCGCUGGCGAAUGUUCUCAGCCACCUGGAGGAGGAGGUUCAGCGCGGAAGAAAUGUUACCAGACAUCGCUGAUCUGGUGUCUGGACUUUUUUGAUAAUUUCAUAGAGAUUGGGUGUGCAGAUGGGCGGUUGGAGUUCUGGGAGGGAACGACUGGUAACUUUAAGGGUAUAUAUGAAGCCGAAAACAUCCUCAACAAUAGGCUAACUAACAUAAAGCUCGCCGGUGACAAAGUGAUAGUCGCACGGUUGAGUGGACGAAUCGAUUCUCUGAGACUAGAAACGUACACGCAAGGUUGUCAGAUCGAUUGGGGUUUACGUCUGCAUAUGGGCGAACCCACGUACGCACCGGUUCGGCAGGAAGCAUUAGUUUAUUUCAGCAAUCCGUCCACAGCGUUGCCAGCUCAACAUAACGCAUCCGAGGAGGAGCUUCGAUGUAUUCUGGAGUUUCACCAGCAGUGUUACCGGUGA